ACCUCAGCAUUGUGCUAGACUCUGGCUGGCCACUGUGACUGUUUUUUUGUUAGGUUGUGUUUUUUUCCUGGUCUCGAGUUCUGGAUUUCUCAAGCCCUUUAAUGCUACAAUUUACAAAGGAACACAGCCCAGUGUCCAUUUUCUAGGCUGUUCCUUAGGGUUCAAACAUCUUUAUUAUUUGCUAGAAGAUUUAGUCAAUAGUAAAAAUAGUUUCCUAAUUUUCUUGCAGAAGCUUCUAGUGACUGUGUGAAUAGAUUACCACUCUCUUUUCCAUAUAUUAGCUAGAAGCUUUCAUGUUUGAUAAACAGGUUUAGUAAACCACAGACAGUUCUCCCCUCCACACUUCUCUUCCUUAGCUUUCAGCACUUUUUGUAGAGGGCUUGAGAUUUAUUAGCUCCUCACUAUGAAUAGAGAAACUGAGGCACAGAGAACCAAUGCACCAAAAGGAACAGCAGAGCAAGACUGGAGCCUGAGUGAUGAAUGCAAUGUUUUUGGUAUCGUUCUUAAGGGUGAUUCAGCUAGCCCAGGUUCGUUAAGACUUGCAUCAGCUUGUCUGGUAGCCAUUCACAGAUCUCUCUGAAAUUAUCUGAUGGCCUGUAGCCAGGCUUAUCUCAAAUUAAAUAGGGUUUCCUCUCAACAAUCUCCUCUGCUACUCUAAAAAGCCAGUUCCUUCCAAGCAAACCAUUAAAAAAGAUUAUCCCAGAAUGCCUCCUUGCACGUGCAUAUUUAUUGGGGGUAGUGUUAAAAAACCCCAAACAUUAACCAAGAAAAUAACAACAAAAAGCCCAGGAACCACAAAAGCCUGGUGUUUGUGGUCUCAGCUCAAGCCCAUCACCAGGGCUGUGGUAUCUGCUCUGGAGGCACUGGAAGCAGUGGGCAGCCUGAUAAUAGCCAGUGUGAGACCCUGGAAUAGCUGUGCCAGGCUGCUCCUAAUCUCCCCAGUGCCAAAAGUCCCUCUGGGCCAGCCCACCCAGCACAGCCCUCUGUCCCCAGCGCCUCUGUGCUAAUCUGCAGCUGCACAUGUGCCAUGGCAGUGCCUGGGAAGUGCCUCGGGCUGUUAACAGGCCUGGGGCUUCUCAGGGCUGAUCAGGGCUGAGCAGGGACGGGCUGCAACUGAGCCUGCACAGAAACAGGCCCCUGCUAGGCUGGGUUUGGGAUAAAGUCAGACUUAAGGGUUCACAGAAAUGCAGGUGGGGAGGAGAGGGAAAAGAGGCCCAAAGCCACAUCUGCUCCACAAAGCAUCUCAGCUACCUGGUGUCAUGUGCCAGAAUUUUUAAGACUGUCUAAGGAAGCGCUUCAGAGGAGGCACAUGAUUGUAGGGAGCUAUUUUCAGCAAGAGGAAAAACCCCUACUGAGUGAUUGCAUAUUUCUUUCACUUCCUUUUCCCCCCUUUCCUUGUGAGAUGUACUCAGCAAAUAUAUUUAUUGCUGAAAUGAUUUUGUCAGAUUUUUUGGACAGUGACUUAGCACCUUCAGCCUCUUCCUAAGCUGUGUCUAUUGUGAGUACUUGCAUAUUUUAAAUAGUAUUUAUUUAGUGUCAGCAGCUCUCUGCUAACAUUGUGUCAAGGCAGCUCCUAUUCAGAAUACAGCAGUUGAAUAUACAACUCAGAUGUGCAUUACUGCUCUUAGCUAAGGAUGGCUGGAGAAAACAAGUAUGAAAUGUGCAUAAGUAAAAUGGGAUAAGCUUUUAAAGUAAAUGUCAACAAUUUUUCUUAGGGAAUUGUAGAAGGUAUCCAAAGCCAUUGUAGGAAAUACUGACAAUGUAGCAAUGGAACAGAACGUUUUGUGUGUCUUGCUGGGUAAACUGAAUGGCUUAGAGAACACUUAUCUUUUGGAAAAAUGAUAAAAUGAUUGUGUUUUAAGGAAAGAAAAUUAAUCUACCUGAAUUUAAGGUCUUCCUUUUAUUGCUCCCUACUCAGUAUGCUCAUAGCAUGGCACAGGAUGAUGGAUGUUUGCUCUCUACUUUUUACAAUGCACUUCUGGUGCUGAACUUGGUGUCAGGGGCAGUUGUCUGUCCCUUCAUUGGCUGGUGGGAGAAGUGGAAGUCAUCAAGUGGAGAGGAAGCCUGGAAUAAGCUGAUUUUUCUUCUGGAACCAUAUGGAAGCUCAGAAAUCCCUUAUCUCUAGCAGCCCAUAAAGUGGUAAGUAGUUACAUUCAGUGAGUCAAGCCUUUCCACUGUCCCAUUUUAUUUAUUAUGCAAAAUAGUUUAAGGUGCUUUCCUAAUUAUAGUUCCUUUCCCUAGCCUUAAAAUGAACACUUACAAGGCAGUGAAGCCAUUUGACAUUUAAUUAAACUGCUCUAGGCUUUCAGAAGUCAUUUUAUCCUGGGUUUCUGCUGCUCAGUGAUACUGGUCCUGGUUAUCAGCAGCCAAACAUGACUGUGCUGUGUUUUGUUCUGCCUCACAUCGUUUCCUUUAGCACAGUGAGAUGUUUCACUCUGUGAAUGUUACAGUUCACUUCAGAGAACUUCAGUGAAAUGGGGUUUCACCUCUAGCAUUUUCCUGGCAUGUUCUGAAGUACAUCUGCAACAUAAGAAAUUAAGAAAUAUUAGAAAUGCUGUAUUUCUUAAUGUCAGGAAAUGAAGGGAGAGAGAGAGAAAGGGAGAGACAAAGAGCAUCUGUGCAAGUUAGUAACAAGUUAAUUCAAGUUUUGGCUAAAAAUGACAGAUUCUUAUGACUACUUAAAAACCAUGCAUCACUGAGAGUAUAGUGUUAUUUUUAUGUGUUUCAAAGUAUUCUUUGUUACUGCUCCUGUCCCCCUCCUUCGUGCAGUCAAACAUCAGGAACGAUGCUUGUAAGUGAACUGGAGCCUUGCAAUACACUGAAUGUUGUGAUUAUAGGAGGCUCCUGCUCACAAGUUGUUGCCAUUUUUAUUAUGGGUGUUGUCCUCUAUGACUCAUAUGAUGCUAAAAUUUAAAUUAUGUGGCAGAAGCACAUGUGUUUAAUAAAUUAAGAUCACUCACUUUGGGCUAUAAUCUCUACAUAUGCACAUAUAUUUGUAUAUAUAUUAUGUCUAAUACAAAAUAAUGAAACACAAACAGAAUAUGCACAUAUAUUCAUGCACCACACACGCACAGAGAACUGGGAAGGGGUGCAUGUGACAGUGUUGCUUUCCAAGGCACCCAGUGGUGCACCUGUGCUGCUGUACCUGUACCAGGCAGCAAAGAGGCCCCUGGCUCCUGGUGCAGUGCCUGGGGCUGGCUACUCCCCUGGCUGGCUGAGUGACACUCCCUCGGCUAUAAAAGGGCCCCCGGGGCUGGGCUGUGCUGGUGCAGCUGAUAGAGCAGCAGGCAGAGGGCUCGGUCUGGGCAGCCUGGGCGAGGUUGUAGCCACCAACAGUCUGAGCCGCACAAAAUGCGUGAAAUCGUGCACCUGCAGAUUGGCCAGUGUGGGAACCAAAUUGGAGCCAAGUUCUGGGAGGUGCUUGGUGAUGAACAUGGGAUUGACAUCACUGGGAACUACCGUGGGGAUUCACCUCUGCAGCUGGAGAGAAUUAACGUGUACUUCAAUGAGGCUUAUUCCCAUAAAUACGUGCCCCGUUCCAUCCUGGUGGACCUGGAGCCUGGGACGAUGGACAGUGUCCGGUCCAGCAAGAUCGGCCCCCUCUUUCGACCUGACAACUUUAUCCACGGUAAUUCAGGUGCUGGCAACAACUGGGCCAAGGGCCAUUACACAGAAGGUGCUGAACUGAUUGAAAACGUCAUGGAUGUGGUGAGGAACGAGUGUGAGAGCUGUGACUGCCUUCAGGGAUUCCAGCUCAUCCAUUCCCUUGGCGGUGGCACAGGCUCAGGCAUGGGGACGCUCCUCAUCAACAAGAUCAGGGAGGAAUAUCCCGACAGGAUCAUGAACACCUUCAGCGUGGUGCCCUCGCCCAAGGUCUCCGACACGGUGGUGGAGCCGUACAACGCCAUCCUCUCCAUCCACCAGCUGAUAGAGAACACAGACGAAACCUUUUGCAUUGACAACGAAGCUCUGUAUGACAUAUGCUUCAGGACAUUAAAGCUCACCAAUCCCACCUACGGGGACCUCAACCACCUGGUGUCCCUGACGAUGAGCGGCGUCACCACCUCGCUGCGCUUCCCGGGCCAGCUGAACGCGGAUCUGCGGAAGCUGGCGGUGAACAUGGUGCCCUUUCCUCGCCUGCACUUCUUCAUGCCCGGCUUUGCCCCGCUGACAGCGCGGGGCAGCCAGCAGUACCGGGCCCUGACGGUGCCAGAGCUCACCCAGCAGAUGUUCGACGCCCGCAACAUGAUGGCAGCGUGCGACCCGCGCCGCGGGCGCUACCUCACCGUCGCCUGCAUCUUCAGGGGCAGGAUGUCCACCAGGGAAGUGGACGAGCAGCUGCUGUCUGUCCAGACCAAGAACAGCUCCUACUUCGUGGAGUGGAUCCCCAACAAUGUGAAAGUGGCCGUGUGUGACAUCCCGCCGCGAGGGCUGAAGAUGGCAGCCACGUUCAUCGGCAAUAACACGGCCAUCCAGGAGCUCUUCAUCAGGGUGUCCGAGCAGUUCUCGGCCAUGUUCAGAAGGAAAGCAUUUCUGCACUGGUACACGGGGGAAGGCAUGGAUGAGAUGGAGUUUUCUGAAGCAGAAGGUAACACCAAUGACCUCGUGUCCGAGUACCAGCAGUACCAGGAUGCCACUGCAGAUGUGGAGGAAUUUGAGGAGGUAGAAGUGGAAGCAGAAGCCAAGCCAGAAAAGGAAGCAGAGUAAAAAGUAUCAAAACAUUCUCCUAAUGAGCCAGUUCACAUUCACUAAAGACAAAGCAAUAGCCAUCAUCUGCAUACCCAAAAUAACACAUUUCUUCAGAACUUUUUCUCUGCAUCUGGCCAAGUAUCUCUGAUAUUACAACACUGCUUUUGAAAUUAAGGGCAGCUCUGCUUUACUGUCUUAACAGUUGACACUGAAUCUCUCCCAAAACUGAUCCACUAUGAAGACAUGUUAUGUCAUACCAGCCUUUCCUGUAAAUGGAUUUUUUAGAAUAUAAUCACCAGAUACUGAAUGUACUAUACAGCCACUGUGCCUGUGUAUAUAGAUCAGGAUCAAAAGCAAUAGCAAAACACGCUGUCAGCUCAUCACUUUUAUUUAUUCUCAGGGAAACACAGUCCCUGCUGAUCAUGAACUUGUCACUGUUUUAGGAACACGUGCACAUCUCUGAAGCCUCCAAGGUAGUGACUCUUUUAUCACUCCACAGACUGAUGUACAUCUGCAGAAACAACAGGGGCCAAAUGACUAAAUAUGCACAUUUUUAUUUUAUAAGUACUCUAAAUGUUCUAUCACCUUGCUGGCUUAUAUUAUUGCAGAGCUUUAUUCAUUAUAAUGGUGUGGUUUGUUUCUAUUUCUAACUACAGGAUGAGUUACAUUAGCACACUAAGUUGUGACAUUAUGUAAAAGUUUUGGUGUGGUAUUUUUUUUCCUAGGUACUAACUACUGUAAAUUUUUUUCCUAACAUUCAUUACAACAAAAAUGACAUAGAAUGGUUUGUAGUUUGUUAAUGUAAAUUCCAUGGCAGUCACUAAAACAAAACCAUAUUUUGCCUUUGGUGAAAAAAAUUUCUUGCCAUCAUAGCUGCCUACUUAACAAUGUAUUUAUAAUAUUAUUUUAAAUAAAGAUUAUAUACCAUUCUAUAAAA